AUGCAGAACAUUAAGUGUGUGGUGGUGGGCGACAAGGCUGUGGGUAAAACAUGUCUGCUUAUGAACUACACCACCGAUACCAUCCCUGCAGAAUACGUCCCCACAGUCUUCGAAAUCUACUAUGCAAAUUUGAUGGUAGAUGGGAAACCAGUGAGCCUGGGUCUGUGGGACACAGCAGGACAGGAGGACUAUGACAAGCUCAGACCCCUGGCCUACCCAGAUGCGGAUGUGUUCCUGAUUUGUUUUUCCCUCAUCGUUCCAUCUUCCUUUGAAAAUGUUCUUGCCAAGUGGCAUAUUGAAGUGCGACAUCAUUGCCCCAAGGCACCUAUAAUCCUUGUGGGCACCAUGCUGGACCUGAGAGAUGAUGAGGACACAGUGAAAAAGCUAAAAGAGAAGAAAAUCUCACCAAUCACCUGUGACCAAGGCUUGUUCAUGGCUAAAGAAAUAGGUGCAGUGAAAUAUGUAGAGUGCUCAGCUUUGACAGAGCACGGCCACAAGACGGUGUUUGAUGAAGUCAUCAGGACCGUCCGGAACCCACAUCCGAUUAAAGCUGGGUUUUCAUUGAAGCAACCACAUAUGGCCACCGCUCAAAGUACUGGUACUCUGCCAAAUUCCCAUACCAGAACCUCUGUCGACAAGACAAAUCAAAGGACCAGUGGAAAAGAUGAAGAUGCUGCAGGUCUUGGAGAGGUCACUGAGAAAAUUCACGAGCUUCUGCUGGUUUCACAGAACUUACCAGAUGUCACUGCUGCGAUCAGAGAGCUCACUGAUCUGGCUGCCGCUCAGAAAGUCAUCCUGUCUCCCCCCCAGCUCCAGACCAUUAAGCAGGGGCUCAGCUGUUUUGUUUGUAAGAGUAAGUAUGCAAAAGUAUAG